CUGACUUAGAUCUUCACUCAAAAUCAGUGUUCAUUUCUUUCUUUCAUUUGUUGAAAAAACUUAUUUUCGAACGGCUCUUCGAGUAUCAGCCUAAGGCUUUCAUAUUAUAACCAUCUACUCUGUUGAUUAUGCUGUUGGAAGAAAGACUCGAGAAAAACAUGUCAUUGCCUCCUAUACAAGUACCCACUUCUAUCAAAAUGCGAACAAUUCCUCAAAAGUAAAUUCAGAUAAGGUUCCAAAUCUGAAAUAUUCAUAUAGUAUAUAUAGAUGUCUUCUUUUAUCUGCCGAAUAACAUUGAAAUCAUCCUAUCAGAAUUCGAACGUUUAUAGCAAGAUGAAGUUGAUAAUAUUUGCGGCCUGUAUCAUUUCCUCGUUGGCUUUUCUUCCUGAUGAGGUGGUUUAUGAGGAAUGGGUGAAAUUUUUGGAAAAGUACCAAAAAUCAUACAGAUCGAACAUACAGUUCUACAAGAGACAGAUGGUAUUCAGGAAGAACCUAGAGCACUUCUACGAGCACAACAAACUCUUCGAAGAGGGAAAAGUGACCUACACCAAGGGCAUCAACAAAUUUUCAGAUUUGACGCCUGAAGAAUUUGCAAUUUACGUACAAGAGGGUUUGCUGAAAUAUGAGUACGAACACAUCGACGGUGGGGAGUACACGGGGGAUGAUUUCACGAAACAGGUGGAAUACGUCGAUUGGAGGGAGAAGGGGGCUGUGAGUCACGUGAGGGAUGAGGGAAUAUGUGCUCCUUGCUAUGCUAUCAGUGCGGCUGAAGCCAUCGAGGGACAACUGAAGAUCGUGAAAGGCAUAUCUGCAAACAUCAGCGUCCAAAACCUCGUGGACUGCACCAGGGAACAAGGAAAUCUUGGAUGCUCCGGAGGUCUAGUCACAAAUUGUUACGAAUACGUCAAACAGCAUGGGAUAGAGACAGAGAAGGACUAUCCCCCAGUCGGUCACGAAACCUUCGUGUGUGGUUUCAACCAAACCAAAAGCGUUGCCCAGUUGAAGACCUACAUGAAAGUCUCCAAAGGCUCGGAGAAGGCCCUUAGAAACGCCAUCGCAGAGAUUGGUCCCAUAUCUGUCGGUAUGGAUUUCACCGUCAACUUAAUGGGAUAUAAAUCUGGAAUUUUCGACGACGAAUCUUGCGACAGUAAUAAGAUACUGCACACGGCGUUGGCUGUUGGUUAUGGAACGGAGAACGGAGUCGAUUUCUACAUCGUUAAGAACGUAUUUGGUGCAGAUUGGGGUGAAAACGGAUAUUUCAGGAUAGUGAGGAAUAAAAAUAAUAGGUGCGGUAUCGCUAGUAUGGCAACGUUCCCUGUUUUAGCCUAGAAUUUUUGUGCUGGGUGAAAUAAAACAGUUUACAGUUA